CUCUCUCUCUCUCUCUCUCUCUGAUGCACUUGAGGAUGGGCACCUCGAUACAAACCACUCCGUUUCCGGAAAAAACAAUAGACGACGAUAGGCAUUUGACAUCCAUGCAGUGAAUGCUCUUCUCCCAAAAACGGCAAGAAAAAUCACGAAAGAAGGUUUCUUACGAUAGAUGAAAAAUAAUUCCUGUCAUCACACCCUCUCAUCAUCACCAUCAUCAUGCUGCUGCAGCUAUACUUUUCUCCCUUCCCGCAUGACGUACCACAAAACGCCAUGGUACUUUGGAAACAAAAAGACAUGCACAACACGCAUCCUUGGAAGCAGCACGUCUUCUUCUUCCAACUUUCGUUUUUUUCUUUUAUUUCCACGACCGCCCCCUUUCCAGAAAACACCAAAAAAAAAAAAACCUUAAACCGCACCCGUUGUCUUUCUUUUUUCUGGCUUUUAUUAACCAAACCAUGACGACGACGUUACCAAGACCACCGUCGUCCGAGACCGAGCCACUACUGUUGCGUGACAACAGCAGUGAUAACAACAACAACAACUACUGGUGUUGGUUUGUUCUGUUUGCUUUCUCGCUGUUAUCCUUUUCCAGUGCACUCAUGUGGGACACUUUUGCGCCAUGCCUCUACAUUUUCGCCGAAUACUACUUUGACGGAAACAUUACUACAGCCACAGUGAAUGCCAUCAAUGCAAUGUCCUUGAUUUAUAUGCUAAUCUACCCACUUGCGGUGCAACCCACGCUGCGCUUUUUCGAGGACGACGCUGUGGCAAAAUGCCCUGGAUCUGGUCUCAAACGCGGUAUUCUGAUUGGCGCGUCUUUAAACAUGCUUGGCGGCGCAAUCAGGUGGUUCGGAGGUGCCCAGGAUCGCUAUGUCGUGUUAUUCAUGGGACAAACGGUUGCAGCAAUAGGUACUAGGUUUCUUAAAACAUGGAAACAGCAAAAUGCAAUAUCCCUGUCCUUUACAUGCUGUUGUGGUUUUGUUGAGAGGAAAAGAAACGACACCCGUGUUUUAAUACUACUAUUUUUAGCACAAGUAUUCAUGCUAUCUAUCCCGCCACGACUCGCAGGCACUUGGUUCCGAGAAAGCCAAGUCAAUAUUUCAACAUCCAUCGGUGUCUCGAGCAAUAAUCUCGGCGUAGCUGCUGGGAGUAUCUGGGCGCCCUUGGCUGUGCAUGCCGCGACCAUGACAAAAGACAUUCCGCGAUUGCUGUUUUGGCAGUUUCUCUUGUGUGUGCUGGCAUGGGCCCUCAUCUAUAUCGCAUUCAGCCGUAGUCCCAGUAUCAUCAACACCAAGUACAGUGAAGGCACGAGCAGUAACGACACUGUGAACAACUAUAAAACGAACAACGAUGACGACGACGAAGAGGAUGAAACGACUCCAGAAGAAGCUCCAGCAAAAAGCAGUAAUGCAUACGAACAAGCAAAAGUCUUGUGGUCACAUCGAUCGUUUUAUCACUUGUUAUUGUCUUACGGCAUUAUCAAUGGUGGGCAAUGUGCCCUCGUGACGCUUCUUGCUCAAGUACUGCUUCCUUCGUUUCAAGACGGCCCAAGCGCAAUCGAUGAAGGAUACAUUGGAUGGGUCGGUUUCAUGAUGCUGCUAGCCGGUAUCCCUGCAAGCUGGGCAGUCGGCUUCUAUCUCGAUCGAACAUUCCAGUAUCGCGUGACCUGCAACGCGUUGGCCAUUCUCAGUUCGCUAAGCAUAGCUGGAAUGUAUGUUGCAAUUGAGUUGCAAUAUCUUCCGGCUGUCACUUUCAACUGUAUCAUUUUUGGACUCGCAUCGUCAGCCAUUAUACCCGCAGUGUUCCAGUAUGCAAGCGAACUUUAUUACCCGAUCGACGAGAAUAUACCCGCUGGAUAUCUGUGUACCGCCAGCAACUUGAGUGGAGUGCUUCUUGCAGUAGCGAUGGGCUGGACAGAAAACAACAAGACCGUGUUUUCUAUGCGACUCCCUGUGCUCGGACUUGUUCUGAUUACAUUCAUCAGUAAUAUAUCCAUGUUCCGGGUCAAAGGCCCAUUGAAACGACAUGGAGUAGAGUCCGCUUCACAUGUACAAUAGAUGAUGAUGCUUUUCCUCCUUCUCUCGCUUCCCGGCAAUGUACACACUCCAUGUAUAUAGAAAA